AUGGCGGUCCGACUCAGCGCUUGGUUUCUUGUUCUGGCCUUGAUGACGCCAUUCACAGAGGGCGCACCGAACAGCACCGGCGAGACCAUACAUCCCAACCUCACUCCGGGCCUCGUCUCCACGGCCGGUAAGUUUGCCGUCUUGAACCAUGACAUCGGCAUCAGCCCCAUGCACGGCACCCCGGUUCCUUUCACCAACAAGGUGCUCAUGAUUGACCGAACUGACCCAGGCCCCUCAAAGCUGCACCUUUCGGACGGUACUGACGCCUAUGCGGGCGAAUUCGACCUGGACAAGAACAGCAUCCGGGCGGUUUCCGUUCCGAGCAACACUUGGUGUUCCGCCGGAGCGUACCUCCCGGACGGAACCAUCCUGAACAACGGAGGCGGCGACGGGAGCGGGGGCUUCGAAGCCAACAGCGGCCUUCGGACGUUCACGGACGGCGGCAACCUGGUCCAGGUGUCCAACACCAAGGUCCCCCGGUGGUACCCAACCGCCCACGUUUUGCCGGACGGCCGGGUGCUUAUGGUGGGCGGGUCAGACAAAACCCAAAACGGUGGAGGCUCCGCAUCCUAUGCCUCGUACGAGUUCUACCCGGCCGACGGCCAGGAUGCCCACCCGCUGGAGCUGCUCGCGCGGCCCAACGUGGUCGCUGCAAACUUAUACCCCUUCGUGCACCUCAUACCGGAUGGCCGCAUGUUUAUCUUUGCCGCCAAGUCGAGCGUUCUGCUGGACUACAACACCGGAACAACGACCGAUCUACCAGACCUCCCCGGAAACUACCGCAAUUACCCGCUGGCCGGGGCGUCCAUUCUCCUUCCGCUCGACUACAAGGACUCUUACACGGCCAGAGUAAUGGUUUGCGGGGGCGGCAACGGGCAGGUAGGGGCCGACAAUCAGGGGGAUCCCUCUGCACCGGCAUCGGCGUCGUGCGGAACCAUCGACCUGAGCCAUGACAACCCAAAAUGGGCCAUCUCAUCCUCCGCAACGGUGAGCAGCGACGGUUCCGCCGGAGUCCUCUGGACUCUGCAGAGUUUCCGCCAGAAGCUUCCAAACCACGGGUCAUGGGGUACCUGGUUUACCUUCUGGACGGCACGUGUCUCUACAUCAACGGCGGUCUGGUGGGCUUCUCGGGCUACCAUUCCUCCACGAAGGCCCAGCAUCUACGACCCGACGCACGACACGUGGCAGCAGGUGGAGUCCAAGAGCGACAGCGCGCGUUUGUACCAUGCGGUUGCGUACCUCAUCCCCGACGGCCGCGUCCUGAUCCACGGAAGCAAUCCCCGUCCUAACUACGACUUCGGUGACGCCAGCCUUGACGUCACCCAGACGUCAGUGGAGGCGUUUUCCCCGUGGUACAUCGGGACCAAAGGCCGCCCGACAAUUGCGGCGCUUUCUAAGGACGGCGCACUGGGUGGCACGUUCGACCUUACUGUCGCCGUCCCCAGCGAGAAAACUGUGGACCCGACCAAGAUCCGGGUCGCGCUCAUUAACCCAGGGUUUGCGACCCAUACGGUGAGCAUGAACCAGCGGUACGUCCGCCUCGCACUCGUGGGCGCGGACGGAAACGCUCUCACGGUCCGCCUGCCGACGAACGCCGCCGUCCUUCCCCCCGGUCCGUACCUGUGCACGGUCUUGUACCGGGGGAUCCCCUCAGAGUCCAAGUGGUUCACGAUGAAGAAGUAG